UUCAAUUAAUUUAUCUUUUUUCUUAAUUUGGGUCGGUGAUAGCAUCAUACUAAAACCUAAUUUAUCUUCAUACUCAGCUCUCACUCAGCCAUGCCUACCGUUAAUCUCAACAAAGAUCGUCUAUUUGCUGCUCUCGGAAGAACAUACACUCAAGAUGAAUUUGAUGAUCUUUGCUUCCGUUUCGGCAUUGAGCUUGAUGAUGUGACAACUGAUGAAGCAAUUAGGAGAAAAGAGAGGCAUGAAGAAACCAAUGGAAAUGAGGAUGAAGCAGUUGUUUAUAAAAUUGAAGUCCCUGCUAACAGAUAUGAUUUGCUUUGUCUGGAGGGUAUUGCUCAAGCACUUCGCGUUUUUAAUAAGCAGGAGGAGACACCUAAGUAUACACUUGCCAAUAUAAGCUCGGAAUCAAUGCACAAGAUGCAUGUAAAAUCUGAGACAUCAUCUAUUCGUCCUUAUAUUGUUUGUGCUGUUUUGAGGGAUAUUACUUUUGAUGAAGCUAGCUAUAACAGCUUCAUUGAUCUGCAAGACAAACUUCAUCAGAACAUUUGCAGGCGAAGAACCUUAGUUGCAAUUGGGACUCAUGAUUUGGAUACGCUACAAGGCCCUUUCACUUAUGAGGCAUUGCCUCCUCAAGAUAUAAAUUUUGUGCCACUAAAACAGGAUAAAAAUUACAGAGCUGACGAACUGAUGAAGUUCUACCAGGAGCAUGAUUUGAAGCUGAAGAAGUUUUUGCAUAUAAUUGAAAACUCACCUGUCUUCCCUGUCUUAUAUGACAGUAACAGGACUGUUCUAUCUUUGCCUCCAAUCAUUAAUGGUGCACAUUCAGCUAUUACUUUGAAGACAAAAAAUGUUUUCAUUGAAUGUACAGCCACUGAUCUGACAAAGGCUAAGAUUGUCUUGAACACAAUGGUGACUAUCUUUUCUACAUAUUGUAAAAAGAAAUUUGAGGUUGAACCGGUUGAAGUCUUAUACCCUGAUGGGAAGUCUUGCCUCUAUCCUGACUUAUCUGUCUAUAAUAUGGAAGUUCCACUAUCAUAUAUUACUGGCUCUAUUGGAGUAUCUUUGAAAACAGAAGAGGUCACUGCUUUGUUAAAUCGGAUGCAAUUGCAUGCUGAGCAGUCUGACAAAUGCACCAUCAAUGUGUCUAUACCUCCUACCAGAAGUGACGUUCUUCACCCAUGUGAUGUUAUGGAGGAUGUUGCAAUUGCUUAUGGGUAUAAUAAUAUUCCAAAGAGAAAGCUGCCAUCAUUAAUGCCGCUAGCCUUGAACCAGCUUGAGGAUCUUAUUCGAGUGGAGGUUGCAGUGAAUGGAUUUACAGAGGUUUUGACAUGGAUUUUGGGUUCUCAUCGGGAGAAUUUUGGCAUGUUAAAUCGAAAAGAUGAUGGAUCAACUGCUGUGGUUGUUGGAAAUCCUCGUUCCUCCGAUUUUGAGCUUGUUCGGGCCAGCCUUAUGCCGGGUGCUUUGAAAAUAGUUGGACAUAAUAAAGACCAUCCAAAGCCUAUAAAGAUUUUUGAAGUGGGUGAUGUAGCUAAGCUGGAUGGGAGUACAGAUGUCGGUGCUGCAAAUCGUCGCCUCCUUUCAGCUUUAUAUUGUGGCACAAAUUCAGGAUUUGAGUGGAUUCACUCCUUGGUAGACAGAAUCAUGGAAGUGAUGGGAACUCCUUUUGUUCCAAUUGGGGACAAUACAGGAUAUUACAUUGAACGGUCUGACGCGCCUGAAUUUCUUUCGGGUAGACAAGCAUGUAUCACUUACAAGGGGAAGCAGAUUGGUAAAUUUGGUAUUGUGCAUCCAGAGGUGUUGAACAACUUUGACAUACCGGACCCGUGCUCCUUCUUGGAACUUGACAUUCAGUGUUUCUUGUAGGCUUCACUCUAGCAAAUGUAUACUGGCAUAUUUUCUUCCGACCCUAUUAUGCACUCUAGGGUAUUGGAUGUUGCCUGGAGUAGAGAAGAAAUUUUUGCAAGUCUCCCAAUUGAAAGAGAUUAGUUUAGUUUUAUUUAAGGACGCUGAUUCCAUUGAAACAGCACUUUCGUGUAAAAUUUCCGCAAUGUAACUUGUACCCCAAGAUAUGCUCUUUCCGGAGUAAUACUGCAAAUUUAUUUUUAACUUAAGUAGACUGUUGGAGUAAUAGAGAUGUACAAUAUUUUGUGUUUUUUUGGUUGUGGAAGGGAAAACUUCUGUUUGCUACGUAUGAUUAAAGAAAAUACUUUUUCUUGAA